AUGGUGACAAAAUCAAACAGUCUGCAGAAAAAACCUGCACAUGGGAAGAUUUUGCAAUCCGAUCAAACUGAUCAAGAAGAAUACUCCUUCCGCCUGAGCAACAUAUCGGAAGCCAGCCCGGCAAAUAACAACCACCCUUCUCCGGUAGGCUCCGAUUAUAGCUCCCCAUACAAUACUCCAUUGGAACAAUCCCCUCCAUUUUCAGGAGCCUCUUGGGAUUCUUCAUUUCCAACCUCCUCCUGGGACCAAUCUCAAUCAUCAUCUCCAUUGUCGAAAUCUCCAUGGUCAUCUCACGUUGCAUCAGGAAACCAUGAGAAUUAUUCUUACACAGGGUUAAUGGGGUCCCUUGUUCGUGAAGAAGGCCAUAUUUAUUCAUUGGCUGCUUCAGGGGACUUGUUGUAUACGGGCUCAGAUAGCAAGAACAUUCGGGUUUGGAAGAACCAGAAGGAGUUUACUGGAUUUAAAUCAAACAGUGGUUUGGUUAAGGCUAUUAUUAUUGCUGGGGAGAGGAUUUUCACAGGUCAUCAGGAUGGUAAAAUUCGGGUCUGGAAGGUAUCCGGGAAAGAUCCUAGCAUUCAUAAACGCAUUGGUACCUUACCAACAUUGAAGGCUUGUAUAAAAAGUUCGUUCAAACCCAGCAAUUACGUUGAGGAUAGAAGGCAUCGCAAUUCUGUUUGGAUAAAACAUUUUGAUGCAAUUUCAUCUCUUAGCUUAAACGAAGACAAAUCCCUUUUGUAUUCGGCUUCAUGGGACAAAACUUUUAAGGUUUGGAGAGUUUCAGAUUCCAAGUGCUUGGAAUCAAUCAACGCGCACGAUGAUGCAGUAAAUUCGGUUGUUGCCGGAUUUGAUGGGCUGGUUUUCACCGGUUCAGCCGAUGGUUCUGUCAAAGUAUGGCGAAGAGAAAUGCAAGGAAAAGGGACAAAACAUUUCUUUUCCCAAACGUUGUUAAAACAAGAAUGUGCAGUGACAGCCUUGGCUGUACACCUGUCGGCUACUGUCCUGUAUUGUGGAUCCUCAGACGGGCUGGUUAAUUUCUGGGAAAGCGAUAAGCUUCUUUCUCACAGUGGCAUUUUGAGGGGCCAUAAACUGGCGGUUUUGUGCUUAGCCACGGCGGGGAAUUUAGUUUUCAGUGGUUCAGCUGAUACAAAUAUUUGUGUAUGGAGAAAGGAAGAAAGUGAUCAUGUUUGUUUAUCGGUGUUGAGUGGGCAUACUGGGCCAGUGAAAUGCUUGGCGGUGGAGGAGGAUAAUGCCGCAACAGCCGGUGAUAAGUCACACAUUGUGUACAGUGGCAGCCUCGACAAGUCGGUGAAGAUAUGGAGGGUUUCGGCUAUGGCAGACUCUAUGCAACCACCAGUACCACAACAGCCGCAUCAAGUGAAGAAUAUCAAUGCGCCGCAAACAUUUCCUUCAAUUCAUAGCUUCUCCUCACAUUGUAGCAAAGUGAGCCGAAGGAGAGACUAUUAA